CCUUCUACAUUUACAUUUACAUUUAUGCAUUUGGCAGACACUUUUAUCCAAAGCGACUUAAAGUGCCCUUAUUAAAGGGACAAUCCCCCUGGAGCAACCUGGAGUUAAGUGCCUUGCUCAAGGACACAAUGGUGGUGGAUGUGGGGCUCGAACCAGCAUCCUUCUGAUUACCAGAUUACCAGUUAUGUGCUUAGACCACUACACCACCACCACACCACCUUCUACCCUGAGGAGGUGUCUUCCAGGGUCUUCACUAAAAUUAAGGAAAUUUCAGAGGCAUAUCUGGGCAAGACUGUAUCAAAUGCAGUCAUCACAGUGCCAGCUUACUUUAAUGACUCUCAGCGCCAAGCCACCAAGGUUGCCGGGACCAUUGCUGGCCUUUAUAUCCUGCAUAUUUUCAACGAACCAACAGCAGCUGCCAUUGCAUAUGGAUUACACAAAAAGCUACCAGUUGUUCAUGCAAAGAGAUUGUUGUGGGCUUUCAUAACACACACCCGAAGAGAGAAAGAAGGAAAGCAAGAAAGACAGAAAAUGGUGAACACCACUUUGGGACCUCAAAAUGCGACCAGAAACCCAACAAACAAUUCCACAGGCUUGUCAAGCCUUAAUAUCUUCAUUAUAUGCAUGUAUUUUGUCAUCUUUGCUGUUGGUAUCAUUGGAAAUGGGCUCGUCAUAUUUGUGACUGGCUACAAAAUGAAGACGACGGUCAACUCCAUUUGGUUUCUCAACUUGGCGAUUGCAGACUUCAUCUUCAUUUUAGUCCUGAUUCUCAAUAUUGUAACUGCCUUUUACAAGAACGCUUGGCACUUCGGUGACUUCACGUGCAAGUUUGUCUCCUUUGUGGCGGUGCUAAACAUGUUUGCAAGCAUUUUUUUACUGACAGGUAUCAGUCUGGACCGAUGCUUGUGCACAUGGGUGAUUGUGUGGGCUCAGAAUAAACGGACUCUUGUCAAAGCCAGGAUUAUCUGCACAUUUGUGUGGUUUUUAUCAAUCGCCUGCAGCAUCCCUUUUGUCAUCUAUCGCAAAGUAAACGAAGAAAAUGAAAUUGAAUACUGCUCCUUUAAAGCCAGCACAGAUAUCUUAAAGUCUCUAACCACGUACAGGUUUGUGGUGGGGUUCCUCAUCCCCUUCCUGAUCAUUGCAUCUUCAUACUUAGCCAUUGGAGUACGGGCCAAACGCCUCAAAAGAGGAACGCAACAUAAACCUUUCAGGGUCAUUAUAGCUGUGAUUAUGGCCUUUUUCAUAUGCUGGUUUCCUUUCCAUGUUCAACAAUUGUGUUACAUUAGUGCAGUGCAGAAUAAUUUGAGGGUUACAAAUACAACUGAAAUCUCAUUGAGCUUACUUACCUGCCUGGCUUAUCUAAACAGCUGUCUGAACCCCAUUCUUUAUGUGUUCAUGUGUGAGGAGUAUAAGCAGAAGCUUAAACAGUCCUUGCUGCUGGUGCUCGAAUCGGCUUUUGCAGAAGAACAUCUAGGCUUCCAAUCAACUCGCUUCUCCACUUGUUCACGCCUCUCAGAGACACAAGGUGCUAAGCAAAUGACACCACCAUCUGCUCCACUGCCAGUGGCCUGGACAAAACCAGCCUUUAAAAACAUCAGUAUAUGAGUAAUUGGAAAACAUGUAUUCUUCCUUUAAUACUGAGGAGUCAGCCAUCUAAAAAGCAUAUCUACAAGCACUCCUCUUUUGAUGCCUUGAUUGAAACAUAGGAAAAAUUAGGUUAAAUGUUAUGGAAUAUUAUAUUUAAUCAUCCAGUUAAUCCAUUUUUGAUAAUGUGUAAUCAAUGUACUACAAAUAACUGCGUUAUGUAUGUUAUUCAAUAUGUUAGAUAUUUAAUCAUUCAUUUAUUGAUUGAAAUAUAAUUUACUCCAUUUAAUAAUCAAGUGUUGUAUGACCCAAAGGGUGUGGGGAAAUGUGUGGGGAUACUAAAAGGAUAAUUUAAUGUUGUAAUAAGAGCAGAGCUGGCUUUCCAUCUGUAACAGGGUGUAGGGCGGGGCCGGGUCGUGAUUCUACACACCCUGCCCCUUAUCAGGCUAAUCAAGCCUCCGAGAGGGAUAAAGGCCAACUGUGGACGGUGGGGCAACAGAGAGAGAGAGAGCAUUUACGGGCAGCUGUCUGACAUAUGUGUGUGUUUGUGUCUUUUGGUUCAGUUUUAUAUUAAAAAUAUAAUUUAUAUUGUCAAGCCAGAUCUCGCCUCCUCCUUUCCAUGAAUCCCCUUAACGCUGGUGCCGAAACCCAGGGAUACUCCAUUGUGGAGUUCUCGCCGCUACCAUCCACCACAACGGAGCAGCCUCAGCCAUCUGCCGGUGGAGGGAGGAGCCCGGCCGCCUGGAAGCGGAGGAACAGCUGCCGACCGCGAGGGGAGAAGUGGCUCCUAGCCGACCACCUGGAGUGGUCAGGGCCACUGCCAGGGGCAGGGGGAGACCCCUACCAGCCGCUAAACGUGGCGGGGUUAAGAGUGGACCGCGAGGGGAGAAGUGGCUCCUAGCCGACCACCUGGAGUGGUCAGGGCCACUGCCAGGGGCAGGGGGAGACCCCUACCAGCCGCUAAACGUGGCGGGGUUAAGAGUGGACCGCGAGCGGGGAGGGACUCCCGGCCGACCACCUGGAGCGGGAGAACCGCUGCCAGGGGCCAGGGAGACCCCUUCUGUUCCCUGAGAAUGCGGCGGGGUGUUCCGUCCGCCAGGGUCCGGAGGACUGCCUCUGAUCCGACCGGGGAGGCACGGCUGUCGUCCGUUAGAGGUUGGAGGAGUGGCCGAGGUCCAAGCUAUGGCGUAUCGGAGAACAAGUGACUACAUUUUUGUUUCUCUCUCUUUCCCACUGCCGCUCCGUGUUGGCCUUUUCCCUCUCUUUUAAAUUUUACAGGCUAAUAAGCCUCCGAGAGGGAUAAAGGCUGACUGCGGAUGGUGGUGCGACAGAAAGCGAGAGUGUUUAUGGGCAGCUUUUGGUUUAAGUUCAUAAUUAAAUAUAAUUUAUAUUGUCAAGCCUGUUCUUGCCUCCUCCUUUCCAAUAAUCCCUUUACACCAUCAUUGAAGCAAGCUGGGUUCAAGGGUGACCAACUAGAAGGGAGACGGUGAAGAUGAACCUAUCGAGGCAUCAGAUGAUUUCAUUGGAUGAAGAGGCCAUCACUCAAAGUGAUACGGGGGAACAGAAGCUAUAUAAAAAAAUGUAUGAUUCUUAAGUGUAAUUUUAGAUGCUCCAUGGACCACCUCAGCUUUGUUACUCUGUAAUAAAGGUCUAUUUUUGGU